AUGUCAGAGUGGUUUCCCCUGGCAAAGUAUUUUGUAACAGUGCAAUUUGUUGUAUAAUAGUGGAACCUCUGCAGCGUGCUUCACGACAUCAACAUUUGGCGUGCAUUCUAAGCCUAGUCUUUGAGGUAGCUGAAAGUCAUAUGGUAACCACAACUUCUAGUUAGGAGGAAUAAGCAAAUAAGUUUAAAAUCAAGAAACGUUUUUAUUUUUCAUGCUUUGACUUUGGUUGAGCAGCCACUGCCGCUGAACACCUGCUGAGUCUGAAGUUGAAGUGGAGGAGAGGUAAAAGACGCUGCUAGUCUAGACUCCCAAUUUGAAAGUCUAGAAGCGAGUUAAGUUCCAGGAUUCCAUGAAAGUGAACAUUUGUAUGCUCUCUGUUUUACGCUUCACAGGUAUUGACCAUAGUUUCACUUUUUGUAGAUGCUUGAUAAAGACUCCCAUUGGUGUCAGUGCAUCGAUUUCUUCAACUCCAGUUGUUGAAAGAAAGAGUUGCAGAGACUACUCCACAAGACUGAAAUCAAAGCAUCAUCGACCUGAAAAAGUUGCAAAGUUACAAAGCGGAGAGCCAAAAAUGUCUUCCUUCUCAAGCUCACCAGUGAACACUGUAAUCUACCUGUUUCGAAAUGAUCUGCGUGUUCACGAUAAUGAGGCCCUGCUUUUAGCAAAUCAGAAAGGUACUCGUCUUUUGCCUUUGUAUUGCUUCGAUCCUCGUCAUUACAGUGGCACAUAUCAUUUCGGAUUUCCGAAAACUGGUAAUCAUCGUCUCAGCUUCUUAUUGGACAGUGUGAAGGACUUGCAAAAGAAUCUCAAGUCACGCGGAAGUGACCUUGUUAUCAGGAAAGGAAAGCCAGAAGAGGUGAUACCUGACCUAUUAAGAACCUUGAACGUGACAAGAGAUGCUGCUGUGGUGUUUCAGAAAGAGGUCAUGGAAGAAGAAGUGAAAGUUGAAAAAGCAAUUGAAGCUCACGUGAAUGUACCAGUGAACACCACCUGGGGCCAUACGCUGUACCAUGUUGAGGACUUGCCUUUUCAACCCAUACGUCUUCCAGAUGUUUAUACACAGUUCAGGAAGAAAGUGGAAGAUAAUACAACCAUCCGCAAGUGUGUCCAUGUCCCAGAUGCUCUGAAACCAUUACCAGAGGGUAUUGAAGUAGGAAGUCUUCCCUCCUAUGAGGACUUGGGUGUCUCAGAGCCAGAAAAAGACUCCAGAGCAGCUUUUCCUUUCCUGGGUGGAGAAACGACUGCUUUGGAAAGAUUGCACAGCUACUUAUGGGGAACUGACAAUGUCAGCACUUACAAAGAGACAAGAAAUGGCAUGAUUGGUUCUGAUUACUCUACUAAGUUCUCUCCCUGGUUGGCUCAUGGUUGUCUGUCUCCUCGAAAAAUUUACUGGGAGAUCAAAAAGUAUGAAAAAGAAAGAACUUCCAACCAGUCUACGUACUGGGUUAUCUUCGAACUCAUCUGGCGUGACUACUUCAGAUUUGUCGGGCUCAAGUAUGGGAAUAAAUUGUUUCACUCAGGAGGCAUUAAAGGGGACAGGGUUGAAUGGAAAGUUAACAAGGAACAAUUCAAGGCUUGGCAAGAGGGAAGGACAGGAGUGCCAUAUGUUGAUGCCAACAUGAGGGAACUCAUGGCUACUGGGUUCAUGUCAAACAGAGGACGCCAGAAUGUUGCCAGUUUUUUGACAAAAGAUCUCCACCUUGAUUGGAGAUUAGGAGCAGAAUGGUUUGAGUCUAUGCUGAUUGACCAUGAUGUGUGCAGCAACUAUGGAAACUGGUUGUACAGUGCUGGGAUUGGAAACGAUCCUCGGGAAAACAGAAAGUUUAAUGUUGUAAAGCAGGGCUUGGAUUAUGAUGCAGAGGGUGAUUAUGUGAGACUGUGGGUCCCGGAGCUGGCAGGCAUCAAGACAGGAAGUGUGCAUUGUGUCUGGACCUUAAGCCCCGCCGUGCUGGAGAGUGGGGACGUCAGUUUGGGUCAGACCUAUCCUCUCCCAUUGGUGAAGGCGCCAGAGUGGAGUAGACAUGUCAACAGACCAGGAUCGAGUGGAGGUGGAAGAGAUAAAGGACCAGGGUCAGCAAGAGGAAGAGGUCAAAAUAAGGGUUCACAUAGGGGUCAGGGUCAUCAGUCACAGCAGGCAGGACAGAAGAGAGGUCUGGAUUUCUAUUUCAGCAGUAGCAAGCCACACUGAGAUUCUCCUAUUGUGAAGUAUCGGAGGAAAACUGGUAUUGAAAGGCUUCUGAGUACAGUCUUUUUCUUUUCUGCGUUUUGAAGUUCUUAUUAUAAUUAUUGAUAGCUUCAGCAUACAAAAGUCAUUCUGGAUUGUUACCUCUCAGAGGAAUAUAAUCCCCAUUUCAUUGUUCAGGUCCUGGAAGGAAAGGUGCUGUGGUCUGUAUUUUUGUUCUUUUCAUUUUCAUUCUUAGUUUCUGUGUGAUACUGUUCCUUGACUGUAAACCGGAUUAGUGUGUUCUAAACUAUGAAGCUUGAUUUCAGUUUGAUCAAUAUAAUGGCAGCCUUUAUAUGAGUCCUUUUUUAAAACCAUUUAAUUGUGGAAACAAUUGAGACUUACCUGUAAGCUGUUGAUGAUUGUUUUUUUAUUUUAAAGAUGUUUUGUCAGGAUUGGAGUAGUAAUAUGGGCAUGCAUAUCAGCCAAGCCAGUCACUCUUCAGCAAUUCACAGUUGUAAAGAGCAUGCUCAUAGUGUUAUAGUACAAUUUUGGCAUGCUCGGUGUAAUAUAAUAUACCCUUCAAAAAAGAAACCUGACACUCAAUUUUAAAACUGAAAUUUUUUAACUCUUUCAAACCGUAGUGCCAACACCCUUAAUAUUCCCUGUAACCAUCUAUAUAAAACUAUAGAAAUUCCCAGAAACCGUAUGACUGUUUGAGUAGUAAUUAUUGUCAAAGAUAAAUGUUUCAUUGAUAUAUGUGUAUCAGAAGGUUAGUAAAAACUACUUUUAUGGUCAAUUAGUCAAUUAUGCAAAUGAACACAUAACCAUAGCAAUGACAAAAACGUGGCCAACAACAGAAAACAAAAACAGUUUUAGUAAGCAUAAGAUAACAUAUAAUGAGACAAACAGUGCUUUCUACUCACCCAAAUUGGUAUUUUAUGUACCAGUAGUUCUUUUUAUUCAGGUAUCAUUCUUUUAUACUCCUGGGUCCAUUAGUAAAAUCCAAUAGUGCUCAUUGUUCAUUUUAUACUCAUUGUAUGCUUGUAUGCUCAUCAUAUUGAUUAACCAAAAAAAACAUUUUCGAACAUAACUUCCCAAAGGGAACAAGAUAAAACUAUUUACACUGUACAAAGAAAGCAAUACUUGCUUUAGUCCUUCAGGUAGUCUUUUUUGGUAUGAUAAUGCUCAAAGCAAGGCUCCAGACACAGGGCAACCUAACAUUUGUGGCACCAGAACAUGGUUUGUUUCCGUUUGUUAUGGAGUUCUUUUGUCGUGGAGCCUGCUUUGAUGGCAGCUUCGUAACAAAGUUUGCAGUUUCUAUACGCUUUGGUAUUCCGAUCUGUAGGGCAGUAAGAUGGAAAGUGUUUCCCUUCAAAUCAAGUAAGGGUCGAUGCUGGUCCUUCAUCAAUUGUAAUUUCAGUGCUUGCCAAAGCAAGAGCGAGUGAUUUGAUUGUAUUGUGAAGUAGUAUGUCCAAAGUGGUUCUCCGAACUGCACGGGGCCACCUCACUCUGUGCUGGCACCACUGGAGAUGUUCUGCCAUGUGAUGUGCGGUCAGUGAAUUCACAAAGUCACUGACUAUGUACAGGGUAGCUGAUUGCGUCCAAAGAAAAUGUCAGCUGACUUAGUGCUGCUGCUGUUGCUCAGCCUCAAUCUCAAGUUGAUAGGCCUUGUAGUAGUCCAGCUCUGUGUGAUAGAGUCUGAAGCCUCUUGGCAUGCACGUGGGGACAGCACAGUCUGGGCACCAAAAUCGUCUUUGUUUUCGCUUGAAAUUGACCCUUUGUUUAAAGUGAGGAUUACGAAUGACGCAAUCCUGCAUAAGGUUUUUACGCUUCGCCCCCUGCUGUGCAGGAAUCCUGUCACAGAAGUGACGUGGCGUGAGCCGCGGUUCUUGGGAGUGGGGGCAAGACUGGGACGGCCAACCUUUUUCCUGACUUCAGUUUGAAUGUCAUUGCCUUGGACAAUCAGGUGGGUCACUAGUUUCACCAUGGCUUGGUCGUGAGGUACUGGUUUUUUCCCGAACUUUCGAAACAGAAUGUACACAUUUGUGGCUGCCAGAUCAGUCAAAAAGAAAGCCAGUUUCCUCCACCACGUGAAUGAGCUCCUUAAUGUUGAAUAGUACUUGGACGCUUGGUCCAUAAGAUCGACACCACCCAUUUGCAAGGUUGACCAUAAAACUAAAUACCAACAGAAAUUAUUGAUUAUCUCUUCAAAAUUUCACAGAGCAAUAUAAUGAGAAUAAGCAUGCCAAAUUUCAGAAGGAUAUUAUUAACAGUUCCAUCAAAAAAUGAGAAAAUGUGCAAAGAGGGUGUGACAAAACGUGCAUUUUGAGAAAUUCCAUUUUAAAGUUUCGAGUUCUAAAAAUUUUGUGUAACUCAGUCAGUUUUCAUUCAAAUUUCAAGUGUAAUACAAUGUUCAUAAUUCAAUUCUCUAUCAUAAUAUAAUAAAACAAAUCACUAAAAUAAUCAGUUCUUGUGCUCAUUCUAAAUCAGGAAACAUACCCCCCAACAAAAGUUGGCAAAAAAUUUCAGAAAGGCUACAAAUUUCUUUAAAAAUUCAUUUUUCAAUACAAAAUGCAAGUGAUAGAUGCCAAAUAACAUCCCUAUCAACAAAUUAAUGAUCAAAUUCCCCUGCCCCAUACAUAACCCCUUCUUUCCGCUUUAAAACUUCAUCUUCAGCAGCUUGAGCAAGACGCUGCUUCAGUUUAUAAUUUUCAGCCUUUCUGAGGCGUGUUUUGUCUCUCCUAGCUCCACUUUUCUUCGUUACUUCACCUGACAUCAAGCCAAGGUGCUUGAAAAGGAGGUGUCUCGCCUUGGAACCCAUGUUGAACUCAGCUAUGGCCAUUGUAGUUCCCAGGUUCAGACAAGCUCGGCCGACGAAAGAGAUCUUAGGGCACUGGACUCUGUAGAAAAUUCUUCUAACAAGUCUUUCCUCAUCUUAUCUAACUCUCUGUCUUGCAUCGCCUCACUUACAAACUACACACUCUUACACCCCAAAAUAGUUAGGUUUUAGAUUUAAGCUGUUGUGUAGAUGUGUGUCUGAUGAUUCUGUAUGAAAAAGUACUGGGCUGACUGCGGCUGUCUUACUAGAAGGAUUGCCAGCAUCUAGACAAAUUGCAAAAGCUUGGUGAAUUUGUAAUGUGGGAAUUCUUUUGUUAAUUAAGGUUUGUGCUAAGUUUAUGCUAUGCAUCUCAGAUUUUACGGGUAUUUUGUGAUAUAUAUAUAUCAAUGACUUAUAAUCUCUGAUAAAUUUGUACAGGUAGAUAUCACUACUACUAGUCUAUAAAUCCUGUUUUUAAAAAUGUUUCCAUUCUUGUAUGUUUGACUUAUGUUGUGACCUCUUCCUUGUCAUUCUCUGGAUUAUUGAACUCUGUGGUGAUCCAUAUAUUGACUUUAUUCACUGAUUUAUUGUUCAUGUCUUUGGAGAGGGCCUAUCAGUUAAAAAAAUUUUUUUUUUCAGAGGUUAUUGUCCUAAGUAUUUUACCCUGUUUCAUUGACAUUAUCCUCCUUAGAAUUUAUAAAAUGCAGCCAGUUUCCUGGUUUCCAGUUAAAUUUUGAGUUCUGUACAUAAUUCCAUUUAAACACUUUACUUAAUUCCUAAAUUUUGCCUGCUGCUGUGUUCCUCAAUAUAUUUUUUGUGCGAGCCCAUUACAUCUCAUCUGGAAUGUGCAUCAAUUUUGAUAUUAGUGUUUAUUUUUACUAGCUUUGAUCCGAUAUGGAUGCUUUUUUGUGAUAGUGUGUCAAGCAAUAAAUUGAUGGUGCUGAAAA